CAAUAAUAGUUUUUUUUUUAUAUAUGCAGAUCUGAGGUUUUUGUACAAAGGACAUAUUAAAAUAAAAUGAUAUUCGUCCUCAACUUCGUUCAAAUUACAAAAUUCACACAAUCGAUCUUGUCUUGCUGUGCCAUUAUAUCUACCUUGUUCAAUUCUAAGCUGGUGAGCAGACAAUCUAAAUUUUGCUAAAAGAUUAAUAAGAUUUUCCGGAAUAGAUUUUGUCAAGUAAAAUUGAAUGGUAACAUUAUCAAUAAGGUGUCUAUACAGAAUACAUUUGGGUGAAUUAUCAAAACUUCAUCUCGUGACUGCAUGAAGUUGUCAGUUAAACGCUGUGUGAGACAUUCUAGAAAUAAAAUUUCAUUAUUAACAUAGUGGUUAAACCAUACAUCACCAAAUCCUUUCGAUAAUAAUAAAUGCUUAACUUGGCAGCGCCAAUUACAGUUCUUGUGAUUGCAAAUCAACAUGUCAUUGUAAACAGAAAGGUUCUUUUUUCUCAGCGUACGUGUUCAACCAUAGAUGCAUAAAUCUUAACCCAAACGGAAUAUUUUUUGACAAUACACAUUUCAUUGAGUGUAAGGGGGGAAAUGAAAAGGAAAGAUAUGAUGUCCAGCCACAGGCAAUUAUAUAUCUUGGGUUCGAAUAUAUUGUUAAAGAACAAUAGUAAAUUCAAACACAAGGAAUUUAAUUGCCUGUGUGUCCAAUGGUCGAGUGCUUGGGAGUUUGUACUUAUUUCUAGGUAUAGGGAGUUUCCAUUUAAUUUUAGCGACGGGAUUUUAAACUUUGGUUUUAAAAAUACACUUUGGAAAUUAUCAGACUUUCAAAUCAAUUCAAAUGCAGGCUAGAUGUAUUGACAAUGGAAGUGAGAACAAUUUGGGAAUUUAAGCGAAAUAUCAAACCUUGUAGUCAUAUCAAAAUAUACAGAAAAGCAUUGGACUACCAUCACCAUGCGUUUAUUGGUUGUGCAGAUCAAUACGGAUGCGACAUCUUUCAUUAUAAAUAUCGUCGGGAAGAAUAUUUAAUGGGCCACACUCCAGCACAAAUUACAUGUGAUAGGUUAGAUUUUGAUUCCUAUGCCUUAAACCAAGAAGUAAAAAGUAUUUUCGAUUUUGAAAAAGGGCAUGUUGUAAUUAUUGUUGCACGCAGUGACUAUCCAAAGACACCAGAUGAAAUACAACGUACAGUCGAAAGAGCAGAAUCAAGGUUGGGUGAAACAAAAUAUUCGAUAAGUUCUAACAAUUGUGAGUGAUAUGUUUACUGGAUUUUCUCAGGAGACAAUACUUCUCUAGAAUUUCAGGAUUGUGGUCUUGGUAAACGCAUGUUUGCAGGAGCUGCCGAUGCGGUAUUGAGUGAUGGAAUUGCAAGGCCAACAAGACACGUCACAUCAUCUGUUGUAUCAAACGUUCUAAACACAGGCUCCCGUUCGCUUCCAAAGCCAAACAAUUUAUCCGACAUUCUGACAACCUGCAACGCACUUGGCAAUUCAGCAAAUGAUUCAGUCAAAUGCUAUGCGACAAAAUCAGUUUCAAAUGAAGUAACUAAAGGUGUUGCUACGACAGUGUCGAAAUCAGUUUCGAAGGAAGGAGCCAAAUCUGUUGCUACGACAGUGUCAAAAUCAGUGUCGAAUGAAGUAACUAAAUCUGUUGCUACGACAGUGUCAAAAUCAGUUUCCAAUGAAGCAGCCAAAUAUGUUGCUACGACAGUGUCGACAUCAGUUUCCAAUGAAGCAGCCAAAUCUGUUGCUACGACAGUGUCGAAAUCAGUUUCAAAUGAAGCAGCCAAAUAUGUUGCUAAGACAGUGUCAAAAUCAGUCUCGAAUGAAGCAGCCAAAUAUGUUGCUAAGACAAUGUCAAAAUCAGUGUCGAAUGAAGUAACUAAAUAUGUUGCUACGACAGUGUCAAAAUCAGUUUCCAAUGAAGUAACUAAAUCUGUUGCUACGACAGUGUCAAAAUCAGUGUCGAAUGAAGUAACUAAAUCUGUUGCUAAGACAGUGUCAAAAUCAGUUUCAAAUGAGGCAGCCAAAUCCGUUGCUAAGACAGUGUCAAAAUCAGUUUCCAAUGAAGCAGCCAAAUCUGUUGCUACGACAGUGUCAAAAUCAGUGUCGAAUGAAGUAACUAAAUCUGUUGCUAAGACAGUGUCAAAAUCAGUUUCAAAUGAGGCACCCAAAUCCGUUGCUAAGACAGUGUCAAAAUCUGUUUCCAAUGAAGCAGCUAAAUCUGUUGCUACGACAGUGUCAAAAUCAGUUUCCAAUGAAGUAACUAAAUCUGUUACUAAGACUGUGUCAAAAUCAGUUUCGAAUGAAGUAACUAAAUCCGUUACUAAGACAGCGUCAAAAUCACUUUCCAGGGAGGCAACCAAAUCUGUUGUUCAAUCCAACAUGACUAAAUCAGUAGUAAAAGCCGCAGAAAAUACAACUGAAAAUGCUAGUAGAUUAGCAUCAGGUGUAACAAAAGGUGCUGUUGUGACUUCAUUUGUAUUCGAAGGUUUUGCUCUUUCAAAGAAAGUUUACGAUAUAGCUAAUGAUGAGAACAUGACUAAAGAACAGAAACAGAGAAGUACUGCAAGGGAACUUUCUUCCUCUGUAGUUGGAGUUCCUGUCGGAUUAUAUGGAGCUACUUUGGGACAAGUUUUGAUUCCAGUUCCUGUAGUCGGGGCUGCAGUUGGGGGUCUUCUCGGAAGUAUGAUUGGUAAUGCUUUUGGAGGUGCGAUUGGCGAGGGAGUUUUUAGCAUUUUCAGUUCACUGUCGGUGCCAUUACCAUAAGUAGAAAUGAAAAUUCUAAAUUGACAAAAUAUCCCCAAAAAUUACCGAUCAUUUUGCAUAAUGUGCCGUUGUGUAUAUUUGUCUUUCAUUGACACAUGUGAUCUAGAUGGGAUUCAAAACGUCCUAUCUCUAACAAUGUUUGUGACUUCAAUAUAAAGAUGACGUAACACUUGUUUUGUCGUAACUGUAAGUUCUACAAACGAGAGAACGAAAAACCCUUUUGUAUUUAAUACACUUUAAAUUUGUGGUAUUGAGCACAAGCUUUCGAAAGUAUUGAAUACGAUCUAUAUAGGAAUUUUGGACUUAACGUUGAAUGAACAGCGGAAUUGUGACAGUUUAAAUUCUGAUGUGGGGAUUCAGUUCGGCAUUAAAGCGGUGUCUGACAUUGAUAACAGAUACUUAGUAUCACUUAGUACAGGUAGUAGAGUAAUUUGUUAUUGACAUAUU